AUGGAUAGACGCACCCCCUAUACAUUGAGCGUCCUUGCACCCAGUACAAAUGGUGCUGAAGAAUCUAAAACCACAAUCCAAAACAAUCUUCGACAGUUUGUGCUGGAAUUCCAGUUGGAUAAUGCAUUUGUCUACCGUGAUCAAUUACGGCAGAAUGCCCUCGUUAAACAAUACUACUGCGAUAUUGACAUCGCCCAUCUGAUUUCUUACAACGAGGAGUUGGCCCACAAACUUACAACCGAACCCGGCGAAAUCAUCCCUCUUUUCGAGUUAGCCCUGAAGCAAUGUACUGCAAGAAUUGUGUACCCUGGCCAGCGGGAUGUCGCACUCCCCUCUCACCAGCUUCUCCUCCACUCCUCAGCAUCGCACAUCUCUAUUCGUGAUCUCAAUGCCACUAAUAUCUCCCACCUCGUCCGAAUCCCAGGAAUCGUUAUCGGUGCUUCUACCAUAUCUUCCAAGUCUACCGUGGUUCACAUUCGUUGUAAGGGCUGUGAUUAUAGUGACAACAUUCAUGUCGAUGGUGGUUUCGCUGGCCUGUCCCUGCCACGGCGCUGCGGCCGACCCAAGCAACCUGGUAACCAUGAGCCCGGUGAUGACUGUCCUCUGGAUCCUUAUGUCGUUCACCACGAAAAAUGUCAAUUCGUCGACCAACAAGUUCUCAAGCUUCAAGAAGCCCCUGACCAGGUUCCAGUGGGUGAGCUGCCUCGACACGUCCUCAUCUCUGCGGAUCGCUACCUUGCCAAUCGUGUUGUCCCAGGCUCCCGUUGCACCGUCAUGGGUAUCUUCUCUAUUUAUCAACAAAAGGGUGGUAAGAAGGAGGCUGCAGUUGCUAUUCGUAACCCAUAUCUUCGCGCGGUCGGCAUCACCUCCGACAUCGAUCAAACGGCAAAGGGCAGUGGAGUCUUCUCUGAGGAGGAGGAACAGGAAUUCUUGGAGCUCAGCCGGCGUCCCGACUUGUACGAUGCGCUCGCUCGAAGCAUUGCCCCCUCUAUUUAUGGAAACGUCGAUAUGAAGAAGGCCAUUGUGUGUCUGCUUAUGGGAGGCUCAAAGAAGAUUCUCCCCGAUGGAAUGAAGCUUCGUGGUGAUAUCAACGUACUCAUGCUGGGUGACCCCGGUACUGCGAAGUCUCAGCUCCUGAAGUUCGUCGAAAAGGCCGCUCCUAUCGCCAUCUACACAUCAGGAAAGGGUUCCUCAGCCGCCGGUUUGACUGCCUCCGUGCAGCGGGAUCAUACUACACGCGAAUUCUACCUUGAGGGCGGUGCCAUGGUGUUGGCUGAUGGUGGUGUUGUUUGUAUUGAUGAGUUUGACAAGAUGCGUGAUGAGGACCGAGUGGCCAUCCACGAAGCCAUGGAACAGCAAACUAUCUCUAUUGCCAAAGCCGGUAUCACAACCAUUCUCAACUCGAGGACGUCCGUCCUGGCUGCGGCCAAUCCUAUCUUCGGUCGCUACGAUGACCUCAAGACACCUGGCGAGAACAUUGAUUUCCAGACCACUAUUCUUUCUCGUUUCGAUAUGAUCUUCAUCGUCCGUGAUGAGCAUGAACGUGGUCGUGACGAGAAGAUUGCCCGUCACGUCAUGGGCGUGCACAUGGGUGGUCGCGGUGUUGAAGAGCAGGUUGAGGCGGAGAUCCCUGUGGAGCAGAUGAAGCGCUACAUCAGCUACUGUCGCAGUCGAUGUGCGCCCCGCCUCUCUCCUGAGGCUGCAGAGAAGCUCUCUUCUCACUUCGUUUCCAUCCGAAAGCAAGUGCACCGCGCUGAGAUGGAGUCCAACACCAGAUCAUCCAUCCCCAUCACUGUGCGUCAAUUAGAGGCUAUCGUCCGUAUUUCCGAGUCUCUCGCCAAGCUGUCUCUCUCCCCUAUUGCCACUGAAGCCCACGUGGACGAAGCCAUCCGUCUGUUCCUCGCAUCCACUAUGGACGCAAUUACCCAGGGUGAAGGUCAAGGUAGCAAAGAUCUCAUGGAAUCGGCUAGCAAGAUUGAAGAUGAGCUCAAGCGCCGCCUGCCUAUUGGUUGGAGUACAAGUUUGGCAACCCUGCGCCGUGACUUUGUGGACAGCAAGGGAUACACCGAACAGGCGCUGAACAGAGCACUGGUAGUCUUGCAGCGACGUGACACAAUUCAGAUCCGCUCCGGUGGAUCCCAAAUCUACCGGAACGGAGUUUGA